CUGGAAUGUGGAGAAAAUUAUAGCAAAUGAUCGCUCCCCAGAAUUUUCUCGAAGUCUCACGUAAUCACACGAGAACAAAUAUGGCAGCCCUCAGUGCGUGUUUCCGAGCUACUAGAAGUUUAGUUGGAUUUAACAGUUCAAUCUUGGCUCGAUCAACACAUUUAAGAUCGCCUCAACAAAGCAGACAUUGGUCAACAACUGCUACAGAAGAAAAUGUUGAUUCUAAAGAGGAGAAAACUGAUAAACCUGAAGAAAAACCUGAAAUAUCAGAUAUAGAAAAGAGUUUACGAGAAGAAAAACAGAAACUAUUAGACCAGAUAGCUGAUGUUCAGGAUAAAUACAAAAGAUCACUAGCAGAAACAGAAAAUGUUCGAACAAGGAUGAAGAAACAGGUUGAUGAUGCAAAAAUCUUUGGAAUCCAAGGAUUCUGUAAGGACUUACUUGAGGUGGCUGAUAUUCUUGGUAAAGCCACGGAAAGUGUUCCCCCAGAUGCCCUAACUGGUGACCCCUACCUGAAGUCAAUGCAUGAAGGACUAACUAUGACGGAGACACAAUUACAAAAAGUGUUUAACAAACAUAACUUAAUAAUGAUUAACCCUGACGUUGGUGAAGUAUUUGAUCCAAACUUCCAUGAGGCAUUGUUUCAGACACCUAUGGAGGGAAAGGAGGACAAUACUAUAGCUGUUGUAACUAAAGUUGGUUACAGAUUACAUGAGCGUACCAUUCGUGCUGCUUUGGUUGGUGUCGUAAAGUCUCCAUCUUGAUUGAACAAUAUAUAUUGAAGAUUAUGAAUGGUCCAACAGAGAACUGGAAAUCUGCAAUGUCUUGUCACAUGUGCAUCAUGUGCAUCAUAUACUACUGUAUUAUUAUAUCAAAUGAUUCCAAUGCACAGUGCAACAUAUCUUAAAAGUAAUAGGCCUAAUUUUUGAUUUGACUUCAAUGUACAUGUCUAUGUUCAAAAUAAGAAGGUAAUUGUAACAUAAUGACAGAUUUUUGAGAAAUUAUUUGGCCAAAUAUCAUGUUUUUAUUUUGUAUAUUUAAUUGAUAUUAAUAAUAAAAUUGACAUAGAUGAAAUGAA